AUGUUUGAUUUGAGUACUGUAGAUAAAUCAAAUUUUCUUGGAAUUUUAAUAGCAUCUGAUGAGUUGUUAUUGGAUGAUGAAUUGUGUGAUUUUUUUGAGGAUUAUCUUAUUAAAAAUCAAUCAAAUUGGCUUAAUGAAAAUUGUAUUGAAGUUUUGCACACUGUUUAUCUAUUACCCAAACGUGUGAAACUGAAGGAACAUUGUUUAAGUUUAAUAUAUAUUAUAUCAUACCAUCUGACAUCCAGCAUUCCAAGAUAUCCUAAUUUGCCAUCCAGGUGUAACCUUCAAAUUGAUUCCUCUUUGCUGACAUCAAGACAGUUAAGGAUAAUUAUCAAUUGGAUCAGAAAUGAAAAAAACAUCAAUUUAAUUCCAUCUAAAAGUAAAUACACAUUUACUCUUUUAUACAAGGCAUCGUGUGAUGGUUUCGAAAAUAAUACAUUUAAUGAUAAAUGUAUAAAUCAAGGAUCUUGUUUUGUAGUUACAAAAUGUAACAAGACAAACAGGAUAGUUGGUGGUUACACUUCAGUUGGAUUCAAUUAUAGUUAUGGUUACUAUAAUGAUCCUAGGAGUUUUUUAUUUUCAUUUGAUUUUAAUGAAAUCAAAAAUCCAAUCAUUUGUUGUAUACAAAAUUAUGGCCAUGCUCUUUAUAACAAUUAUUAUAGUGGUGGCUAUAAUAAUAGUAUUUUUAAUUUUGGAUGUGGUGAUUUAAUGAUGAAUAAUAAUUGUAUUAGUUGUAAUGGUGGCAGCAAUAAUUACAAACAGCUUAAUUUACUCAAUAAUAAUUCAAAUAAGUUUUAUGCAAGUGAAAUUGAGGUAUUCAAAGUGCAACUUAAUGGUUAG